GGUCGAUGAAGCGGUGAGAGGAGGACGUGUUUUUCAUUCCAUCCCAGAAUGGAUUCGGCAUUACGUGAACAGGUCAUGAUAAACCAGUUUGUAAUGGCUGCAGGGGCCACGAGAGAACAGGCGAGACAGUUGUUACAGUCGGCUCACUGGCAGUUCGAGACGGCACUGAGCAUAUUUUUCCAAGAGGCGGUGCCCAAUGGCGGAGCAUCGCAACAUCACCUCAAUCACCUGUGCACACCUGCCAACACACCUGCCACGCCCCCCGCCUUCCCAGAUGCGCUGGCAGCCUUCUCGAAGAUGUCAACUCAGGAUAAAUUGUCCACGUCGCCCUCAGGUGGCUUUUCCCCCCCUCCAGCGCAGUUCCAGCAGCCGCAGUUCCAGGCGCCCCUCUCCCAGCCGCCCUCCAUGGUCAUGCAGCAGCAGCUUCCACAGCAAUCGCAGCCUAGACAGAUAAUUGCAAACAAUGUACACAUCAAUGCACAAAGAUAAGCAAGGCAAUAAGUGACAAAUAUUUUCUAGUAACUGCAAGAAAGAUAGAACAUUAGAUAGAAGAAAAAAACAAAAAAACAAAAAACAAAAAAGAAGUUGAAAGGAAAAGAAUUAUGAGAAAUACAAAUACAAAUAUAAAAGACUUUCGUAACAGAUGUGAGAGAUUUCCUUCCUCCCCCACCCCCCCAACCCCCCAAAAUACAAAAAAUAGAUAUAAAAAAAGGAAAAAAAUAAGUGGUUGAUGAUGACUGAUGGAUGUUUAGUUUAGUUGCGUUGCAAUGGCCGGGUCAGAGACACAGGUGUGCUUCGAGUGGCCUCUGAGAGCAAGUGACGGGGAUGAGGAGGAGGCACCAACAACAACAACAACAACAACAAAAACAACAACAACAACCAGCACUUAUGUAAUGCUUUUGUGAUGAGAUGUUGAGUCAUUGUGUUAAUUUAUGAAAAGUCGGUGAAGAUUGUUACUCUUAACCCAUUUUUUUUUAUAGGUUACUAUGCAGCCUUGCUGUAUAGGUAUAUGAAAGGCUAAAUACUAUAAAGUUUUGUAACAACAUUUUCUGGUCCUGUCUUUUUUUCUGUAUUUUUUAUUUAUUAUUUUUUUUUAUUGUAAUAUCACUUUUUUCCUCAAGCCCUGUUGUCACUUUCUUUGGUAUAUAAUGUUUUAUCAUUAUUAUGACUAUUUUUCCAGUUGUGUUCCUUCAUCUUUGGUUGUAAAGAAAGAAAUGGUAACUGCUAAUUUGCAUAAAUUGUAGUUAUUUGUUAUCACUGAAGUAUAAAUGAAGGCAUUGGUUUGGAAACUCUUGUCCUGUUUUUAUUUUUUCUAAACUAAAGUUUGUGAGAGGAAAUUUGGAAAGAAAAGAACUUUUUGUGACAAGGAAGAUUUUUAAAGGAAAAAUGAUAGAAGAAAAAGAACAGUUUUUUAAGGAAUGCCUCUCUGUAACUUUUUUUUCUUUUUUUCUUUUUUUUUUCUUUUUGCACACAAAUAAUCAAAAUGGCCUUUUUCAGUUUCCUUUUUGAUUGCUUCUUAUGCAGCCAACACCCAUGAAAAUACAAAGUGCUUUCUUAUUUUUUUCUAUUUCUAUGUUAUUUUUAUUUAUUUUGUAUUGAGGAAAGGCAAUUUUAGAGGUAAUAACACAAAUUGACCUUGGUAGCCAAAUGUACAAAUGUGAAUAUUGUUUUUUUAGAAAUUCUUUUAAAUGUGAUUGGAAUAUAAGUCUUACUUAUUUUUUAUUUUGUAUCUUCACCUUUUUUUUAUGUCAACAAAUAUUUUUUGAAAAAGGCAAUAGCUGUGCUUAUAUUACCUAUGAUUGUGGAAUCUAUAUCAAAUGAAUGUUUAUGUAUUGUUUUAACACUAAAAAAUAAGUAAAAUAAAUGGAAAAGUAAACUCUGAAUAUCUUUAGCAGGGUUAUUAGUUAAGAAUGAAUAAUUAUUUCAUUAUACGUGAUGUGAUUGAAAACGGCAAAAAACAAAAAAACAAAAAAAACAAACAAAAAAAAUCAAGCGAAAAGAUAAGAAUAGUGAUGGAUAUUGAUUUGUGAAAGUGACGAUUCUAAUUUUUACCCUUUUUUUUUUUCCUUUCCCUUCCGUAUGUUAAUUUUCUCAAUAUUUAAUCUCGCUCGUAAGAUGCCUUCAAGAAAAAAAAAAGAAGAGGAAAUGUGUUGGUUGCUUUCUUAGCUCAUU